AUGUCUGCGAAGCUAUUGUCGAUGCGCUCUCUUGUGUUGGCAUUCGCAUUGCUUUGCAUUGUGUCUGCGAGGGGUGAUGCAGUGCGUAAUUUCUCCAUCAGCGAAGACGGGUCAACGUUUCUCCGUGACGGCACACCGUUUCAGGUGAUAAGCGGUGGGUUCCACUAUUUCCGUGCUCUUGCCGCGGAGUGGCCACAGCGCUUUGACACCAUUGCUGCAUCUGGCGUGAAUACUGUCGAGACGUACGUGGCGUGGAACUUUCACUGCCCAGAUGACCCGGACUCCUGUGAUUUUACAGGUGACCGGGAUCUUUUUAAAUACCUGAAGCUGGCACAGGAGAGGGGUCUGCUUGUGAUUCUGCGCGUUGGUCCGUUUAUUUGUGCUGAGUGGGACUUUGGUGGUCUGCCAUGGUGGCUUCUCAAGGGCGAGGAUGAUGUGGACGUGCGCACGAGGAAUCCUGCAUUUAUGGCGGCGGUGCAGAAGUGGUUCGACAUCCUUCUGCCAAAGGUUGUGCCAUAUUUGUAUGAGAACGGCGGUCCGAUAGUGAUGGUGCAGGUGGAAAAUGAAUACGGCAUGUCUGGUUUGGGCGACAAGGCGUAUCUGGAAAAGAUGCGUGACAUGAUGCGUGCCGCUCUUGGGCCGAAUAUCAUUCAUUUUUCAGUGGAUGGGAAUGAGACAGGCUUUUUGAAUCGAUCAGCUAUUCCUGGUGUAUAUCAGACGGUAGAUUUCUACAACAAUGAAAGGGAUGCCUCGGGUGCAUGGAAAGUGCAGCACCAAUUCGAAUCUCUGACAGGGAUCAAGGGACCAAACAUGAACAGUGAAUUCUACGUUGGAUGGAUCUCAUACUGGGGAACGAAGGGGCUCUUUGCACGUGACCCCGUGGCGGUGAUGUUAAACACAUUGAAAAUGUUAAAGAGCAGUAAAACUCCGGUGAACAUGAAUAUGUACCAGCAGUUUGGUGGUACGAACUUUGGUUUUUGGAGUGGAAGCAAUGAAGUUGGAUUUGUACCGACGAGCUACGACUACGGCGCACCGAUUAACCAGAGUGGACAUCCUACACCAAUGUUCACUGCGCUUCGCGAUGUGUUUGCCAUAUUUGUACCUAAUCCUUCGCUGGAGUCGAGUAUCCCGCAGCCACCUCCACUAGCGGAGUACGGAACAGUGACGUUGAAUGAGUAUGCGCCUCUUGCAGGUGAGGAGAAUUUGAAGCUGGUUGCAAAGGAAGUGAUCGAGCGCGAAUCUUCCCAACCACCGUCGAUGGAGGAUGUUGGCCUGGGGUACGGGUAUAUUGCGUACCGGUUUUCUGUGAACAAAACGGUGCGUGAGAUCAGCCUGCGACCACGCGACUACGCUUUCAUUUACAUGGAUGACACGUACGAGGGAAGGAUACAUAAUUCGUCACUGACUCUCACGCUUACCACUCCACGAAACAUCAGUACAGUAACGGUUGUGGUGGAGAAUAUGGGGAGAAUGAACUACUGGUGGAAGCAACCAAGCGGUGUGCGGAAAGGACUUCUUUCAGCACCUAAUAUCACUUGUGGUGAAGAGGGGAAUACUCAGAUGAUGAAACCGUCGUCGUACACCAUCUAUACUCUACCAAUGACGCGCGACCUUAUUUCUAACGCGAAUUGGAGACCGAUUCCGGAGACAAACAGUCAGGGGAGCGUCAACCCGAUUUCACUGCAGCCCGGCACAUUCUACCGUGGGUCCCUGAUCAUCACAGGGGGUCUGAGAGGAGGAACGAUGUUGGACAUGAGGGAGUUUGGAAAGGGAUUUGUAAUUGUUAACGGUUUUAAUCUUGGCCGCUUCUGGUCUGAAGUAGGUCCUCAGUACUCACUGUAUUGUCCGGAGUCCAUCCUAAAGGUGGAUGCGCCGAAUGAAGUGAUUGUGUUUGAACAGAGUCUGUCCUUUUCGGAAAAGCGAAAACCACCGAUGGUACACUUCACGAACGUGAACCAUGAUGUGUUCGACGUUGAAGAAUUCAAAAUCCAACCAAUGUAA